AUGUCUUCAGCUUACUCUGCUACUGCUUCGGCUACCCCAAAGGCUGUUGCAAACGGUGCUGGCAGCUACCCCUCAGGAUCAGGGGUUCACUCUUCAUCUGCUGCUGCUGCCGCCGCCAGACACCAACAUCAUCUCCAUUUCCAUCGAAUGAGACACAGAUUUUCUCUUACAAACAUUCUAGGUGACCCCUUUGCUCUUUCAACCAUCUCUAUCGGCUCCAUUGGCUGGGUUGUGGCCCUUUGUGGCUCCAUUACCGUCUCAACUGCUACAUCAAAGUUCCCUGUAUUCACCUGGUGGGGAGUGGCUUCUCAGUUCCUCGUCAUUAUUGCUGUAUUUUGGGUUUGUGCAACAAAUAAUGUUCAUCCAUACCGCUUGGCUUUGCUGGCAUCUCUUGCAACAACAACAGUAUACACAACAAACUCUACAAAUAACUUUGUAUACAACUCUACACCCUCUUCUGCUGCCGCAUCUGCAGGUUUUAUACUACUUUCAAUCAUUAACAUUCUUUGGAUGAUUUAUUUUGGAACUACUGAAGAGGCUCCCUUACACCGAUUUGUGGACUCCUAUUCCGUAAACAAGCCUAAUACUCCCUAUGAUUCCUACUACCAUAAUCCCAUGGAUAUGGGUUAUACCAACCUAAACAAUAACAGACUAGUCUCGGGCCUUUCACGCCAACAAACAAACCCCUUUUCUCAUUCUGCUGCGGCGGCACAAUCUUCUGCUAUGGCUACUGGAAUCAAUGCAGGCAUUAACGCCUAUGGCCAGCAACAACAGCGUGGCGCAUACAGCGACAAUACAAACAGCUACAACAAGUACUACACACAAGGUCAGCAGAAUUCCAUUGGAGCAGGCUCCUAUGGCAUGGACGUUCUUUCCCAACCCGCGUACCAUCAACAACAGCCUUCAUUUAUGGCUGCACCUCUCGGUGCUUUUGAAAACAGCUCCCAAAUUCAUCAUAAACCCUCAACUGCUUCUGGUCUUGACCAGGGUGGCUAUGGUGCAAACAAUACACUGACUCUGGGCGGAAGUACAGGUGGCUACCGUGAGUCGCAGGCUUCGUCCGAUGGUGAAGUCUCGCUCCCCACAGAGUACCCUUACCGUGUACGUGCAAACUAUUCUUACGUGGCUACAGACGAAAAUGAGCUCUCCUUUAAAAAGGAUGAGAUCCUCGAGGUUAAUGAGAUUCGCGGCAAGUGGUGGCAGGCCCGCCGUGAGAAUGGCGAAAUCGGUAUUUGCCCGAGUAACUAUGUCAGACUCUUAAAUUAUGGCUGGGGAGCAGCCGCCAUUGCUGCUGGCUUGGUUGGUCCAGACGGCAUGGCGCACUAUGCUUCAGCACAACAACAAUCGGGAUAUGAUAGCAUGACUACCACGACCUCAACGACUACAGGAUAUCAUCAAAACCUGUAA